AUGUCUUGUCUUGACCCACUCUCAUCUGACUGCUGGUCAGUUGAUCUAUUCCAAUCCCCUCUAGACGACUGGUGGUCUUUAUCACAAGAAUUAUCUUUCCCUCCUAGGUCAAAACAGCACUUACGCCCAUUUGACUUUACUCCCUCUCCAAGUUCAGAAACUUCAUCCUCUUUCUAUCUAUCACCCUCUCCAGAACCACUCCCAAUUCGUGUAGUCUGCAAUGUCCCUCUCCUAGCACCACGUCCACUUCCAUAUCACUCUCCAACUUUCCUCCAAUUCGAUCUUCCAGAUCCAGACGAGGACUUGUCUCACCCACCCUACACACACAGACCCUCUAAACGAAAACGUGAAGACGACGACCAUCACUCUGACAAUCUGCGCUUAAAACGCCAUGCUGGCGUACAACGCUGGGCAGCCGGUGUACACCGCCAAGCUUACUCUGCCAAACAGGGUCGUUCUCACGUAUAUUCCGCCACCCGGCGUGAUCGCUUACGAUGA